AUGCACCCAAUCGCACUCCCUCUCUCGGUUCUAGUCGCAGCCCUUCCCUUCUUGACGGGUUCUGGAGCUCAAUCGCUCUCGGAGUCGCUCUCCCAAUCACCCACAAUAUCUGCACCCUCCGGGUCUAGCACUGCUGGAGGUGGUGGUGGUGGCCAGUCCGGAGGAGCCGGAAGCCAAACCUUCCAGCUGCAGGAUUACUUGACGUUCCUCAAUUCCUCUGGCUACACCUCUCUCUCGAGGGCCAUCGAGCAAGCCGACCAGACCCAGAACGGUCAAGAGUGGAUCGCGCAAUUAUCCAACGGAAAUUGGACUGUGUUCGCACCCACGAACGACGCUUUUUCUUCAGUGUCGCAAGACGUUUCGGGGAAUGCCUCCACUCUCGCCGACUAUCUUUCAUACCACUACGUCUACGGCGACUUGCACAACGUUACGGCCUCUCGUGACAGCGGUGGAUCUGGCCAGGGAACGUCGUCUAGCACGAGUCAAGCUGCAUCAGCCAUGGUCUUUCCCCGCCAGCAAGGACAGGGAGGUGGCGGUCAGAACAAUCUCCAGCUCUUGUCCAGCAUCUAUCCCAACGACACCAUCGGCCGUACCGCGCUCAGCUCUCCUCAGUUUGUCCGACUGGAAGGUGACAAGAACCAAGUGUUGGGUUGGACGCGGAAUUCGCCCAGCGAUCCCGUGUACAUCCUCAACCAAAUGUCGCAAAACGGUAACACGACUGUGAACAACGGUACUCGUUGGCGCAAUUUGGCCAUUUUUGAGGUGGAUGGUGUCUUCGUUCCACCUGGAAACCUCUCCACUGCGUUGAGUGCCGUUGGUGACACACCGCUAGUCGCGUUUGGCGACCGAGUCCACAUCUCUGGACCUGGUGGGUCCAACGCUACAGCCAUCCAGACCCUCAACCAAGCCCGCGGUUUCACCCUGUUCGCACCUGCCUCCAGGGCUUUCACCUCGCAAGUGAACCAAACUCUCCAGAGUAUCCAAUCAGACGAUCAAGACGACUUCAGGAACGCUUUCCAGAACCAUUACGUGAACGGUUCGACUGUAUAUUCCCCCACCCUGCGCGAAUACGCAGCAAACAGCACAACCGGAGACGACGACAACUGGCCACGACUCAUCAGCGCAGCAGGCGAACCAUUCAUCUUCCAGUCCAACGACACCGGGCUUUACGUGCGCGUUAGCGAUGAUGCGACUGCCCGAAUCGUCCGUUCCGACAUCCUCGUCGAGAACGGUGUUGUGCACCUCGUCGAUGGUGCGCUCAUCAGCACCGACGAUAGCGACGACACGGCUAGUUCUGCGUUUGCCUCUGCUAGCUCUGCGGCCGCGCAGACUUCCACUGAUACACGGGUUAUUAUCUUCCCUACCCCCACGGGUGGUGUUGCGCGAGGCAGUCCGACAGGGAGUGUGACGGGUACUGCUAUUUCAGCCACGCCUUCGAGUUUCCGCAUUCGACGAGCUUUGAAGGUUUAA